AUGUCUCAGCUUAUUCAGCGCUGUGGAACCCCUGGAUUUGCAGGUUAUUCGUGUGCUUAUAGUCCCUUCUAUCCGAACAAGCUUGCCGUGGCUACUGCUGCAAACUUCGGUCUAGUCGGCAAUGGGAGACUCCACAUUCUUCAAGCGGAUCCGAGUACUUCACUCAAUAUCGAAAAGUUAUUCGAUUCUCAGGACGGCUUGUACGACGUUGCGUGGUCAGAAAUUCACGAGAAUCAACUGGCUACUGCUUCUGGUGACGGUUCCAUCAAGUUGUGGGACAUUAUGCUCAACGAAUUUCCGAUGCAAUCUUGGCAUGAGCACAAGCGAGAAGUGUUUUGUUUGGACUGGAAUAACUUGAAAAAGGAGAUCUUUGCAUCCUCUUCAUGGGAUCAUCUGGUCAAGAUCUGGACACCUUCCCGAUCCGAUUCUAUAAUGACCAUACCUGCUCACGAGUCCUGCGUCUAUGCAGCCCGCUUUUCGCCAUCAUCGCCUGAUACACUCGCCACAUGUUCUUCCGAUGGGUCUUUAAAAAUCUGGGAUACACGAAACUCACCUGAAACUCGGCCCCCUCUGGUGAUUCCAGCCCAUUCGAACGAAGUCUUAUCUCUAGAUUGGAACAAGUACGCAACUCAUUUUAUCGCAACGGCUUCGGUGGAUCGAACGGUCAAGAUCCACGACAUUCGAAAAGCCAGCGCGGGUUCCGCUCACAAUUCUUGCGUAGAAACUUUGGUCGGCCACCAAUAUGCCAUUCGUAAAGUUGCCUGGUCUCCACACGCAGCCGAUAAAAUUGCGACUUGUGGUUACGACAUGACCGCUCGAGUGUGGAUCAUACCACAAAUUAGCGGACAAGCUCCCUUACCUGGUGCGAUGGGCGCUAUUUCUCCUUCAGGAAUCCAUAAUGCCCACAAGGAAUUUGUUGUUGGCUUAGCCUGGAGCUUGUAUCAUCCUGGUUUACUUGCGACUGCUAGCUGGGACCAAGAGGUGCAUCUCUGGUCGAUCUAAAUUGCACUAACAUAAGUUGCAUGUCCUCUCAAACCUCACGCCAACCGUCUCUACAGCACAUAUCGCCC